UCGUUGGCACUCAACAUUCAGAUCGCAAAAAACAAAAACAAAAAAAAAAAAACCAAAAAUCAAAAAUAAAUUUUAAUUUUCUCAAAUUUUGCCAAAAUUCGAAGUGAGUGAUUUUCUAGUUGACAACCGUAUUUUCCUGAAGGACUUGGCAUUGAUCGAAAGAAAUGAACAUGAAUUACAACAUUCCCUACGAAGCUAACUACACCGACGAUAUGGUGGGCAUGCAGCCCCUGGGCAUGCAGGGCAUGACGGGCAUGCAGGGUGCGGCCGGCGGCUCCUUGCCGAUGAGCAUGCCAAUGAGCAUGCCGAUGGGCAUGGGCGGAUCGGGCAUGAAUCAGAUGCAACUGCCGCUGUCCAGCAUGGCGGGCAUGUCGAUGCCAAUGUCCCCGGCCAAUCAAAUGACCUAUCCGAUGCAGCGGUCGGCAAUGCCGUCGCAGGCAAUGGGCAUGAUGUCGUCGAUGCCGCAGACUCAAGGCAGCCAGCUGGGCAUGUCGAUGUCGCAGCUGCCCCCUGGAGCUGUGACGCCCUUGAACAGCGUCUCUGUGAUGCCGGUGAUGGGCGGUGGGGGCGGCAUCGAUGGCGGUGGCAUGAAUGUCGUCGUGCCCGAUCUGCAGCCCAUGUCGGCCAUGCCCCAAAUGGGCUCGAACACUCAAAUGCCGCAGAUGCAACACGGCCGCAUGACUGGCGGCUCGGCGACCGGCAACUCCAAUUGGAUGCAGAAUCCCAACACCAACCAAAUGAUGUGGAACUUUGCUCAGGCCUAUACAAAUAUGCAGCAACAGCAGCAGCAGCAGCAGCAGCAGCAGCAAGCCGCUCAGCAGCAGCAAGCCGCCCAACAGCAGCUGCAGCAGCAACAGCAGCAGCAACAACAACAGCAGGAGCAACAGCAGCAGCAACAGCAGCAGCAUAAUCGCAUGAAGGCCCAUUACGAUUAUUCCAGCAACAAUAGCUACAGGGAGACGCGCAAUGGACUAAAUUCACCCACAAUGUAUGAUUCGUUAAGAUUAAGAAGCAGCAAUGGAUGCAUAGGGAAAAAGGUUCCGCAGUGGCGCUAAUCCUUGGGUUUGUCUGGUUAUAUGAUCACAUACAUAUUCACAUCACUCUAUAGCUGCUUCCGUUGCCAAUUGUCGUCCAUAUCACACAGAUUCCGUUCACAUCAACAAAUAUUUCAAUCGCGCUUUGCCAUAGUGGCC